AUGACCGAGUCCGAGACCGAGAAUUUCAGUUCGAAUUUGCAUCUGCCGUCAAGCUCAAUCUGUGUCCCUUCCGCGCAGCGCCCGAUCUGGCCACAGGGAAACCCUCCUCCCCUGAAUCUCUUCAGCAAACUGGCAAACGAUCUCCUCAUAGAGAUUCUGAUUCGCCUCCCCAACCCUAGAUCCUCGUGUCGAUGCAAAGCCGUCUGCAAGCUCUGGAGAUCCCUCAUCACGGAUCCCAGCUUCAGUCUCCGUUUUAUUUCUCAUCACCGGAGCAGGUACCAACCAGCAGCUGUGUUUCUUCCCUCACACAAACCCCACUCGAUACUCAGCUUUCUCCCCAUGCCCGAUGAAGCUCGACCGGACUUGAGAGCCUUCGAUUGCUUCAAGGACUUGCUUUUGUGCGGGUUUGCUGACCUAUUUGGCGAAUUGGGCAGAUCAUACUUGGUCUGCAAUCCGUUUACCAAGCAAUGGGUUGCCCUGCCUUUGGCGCCUAGAAAGCCAAAAGGAGGGCAUUAUGGAUCUGCGAAGAGUGCCAACCCUUGGUUGAACAAUUUGGUCGUAAGAGGAAGGCCAACAGAUCAGCAGCAGCAGCAUUACACUCCAAGUGUUGCGUUCAAAGGAAGUAGGAGGUGGCGAAAGGUGGCUUGUGACCUUAGAGUGGUAAAACUAAAAUUAUCUCACUGAUCGGUUCAAGGACGAGGAGCCGCAACUGGGUUCAAAUGGUUUGUGUUGUUGGAUGCCUCGAUGAUCUGUUGGAAGAGGAAAAGCAAGAGUGUUAAAUUUCAGCAUCAUUGGAUGUUUAAUUAGAAUGUUAAACCAGUGGUUGUGAGAUUGGGAUAGAUUGAUGUUUAGAGAUUUGAUAUAUAAUGGGUAAGAAAUAGGGAUUUAGAAUAGAAAGAAACAGAAUCAGGAAUUAUGGAUUUAGAAGAGGAAAUUGGGCAUAAUAGGAUAGAAUGGACGGCGGCCUUAGUGAGAGAAGGGCUAGAUUCAGAGGAUUAGGAGAAAAUAAUAGACGAAAUCGAUUCACUGAAUAAUACUUGGUUUAUUGAUUUCUAAUUACUAUGAUGAUAACUCAAAUAACAUAACUUUUCUUUUAUAUUAGCCAUUAAUUUACGAUUUGUUUUACAGUCAUCGAUCGUUAACCUCUGUCAAACUCUGUUAACUCCUGCAGUUUUUUGAUGAUGUGGCAAAUAAAAUUAUG